AUGGCGCACGUGCGCAGCCGGUUUGGGUUCUGUGUAAUCGUCAAGCUUGCUGUAAGUCAUGCAUCCAAUGACACCAUCCCCCGUAGUGUGGAGUACUUGGUACGAGAGACUUCUACCUGGUUUUCAGAGUUUCCAAAGCGCAGGGAGGCCUACAAGGCCAGAUAUGAGACCAUCAACUGUGAGGAGAAACCUUUACAGAUAACCAAGGUGUGUGCCACACGUUGGCUCUCCAUUGAACCCGCGGUUACACGCAUUUUGGACCAGUGGGAGGAGCUUAGGCUGCAUUUCACAGUCACCAAGUCCAAGCAUGACGGGCCAGCAGCCUCAGUCUCAGCCGACAACACCGGCAGAGGAGACACGGCAGUAACUGCCACUAAUGUUACCGGCACCUUUGACGAUCUCUCGCUGAAGGUGGUACCUAUCUCUAUCGGAUCCAUCCCUCCUCUGAGCCAGUUAGACAGCCAUGUGUCAGUUUUAGACAGGGAGAAGACAGGGGCUACCCUCCUGUUCUCUGGGAUAUUCCUGGAUCUGGUGGGCAUGACGUUCAAAGUCAUGGGCUGGCUUAAGUACAAUGUCAGCCGCAGCUUCGAGUGGACCCAGCUGCUCGACCCCAUCCUGCUGUCUGUAGGAGGCACCUUCAUCCUCAUCAGCGUCUGUAUGUUCAGGAUUCUCUCCUGCCGGGUGUGUAAGCCGAAGGACCGUGGCGAAGAGUUUUCUGAAUCACUGACGAUCCCAGGGUCCUGCCAAUCAAUUGUGUUCAACGGGAUCAAUCAGCCAAUAAUGUUUUACAAAGCCACGGUAGUGCAGUAUAUCCCAUCUCCAUAUGGAUUUGUGACACAGGAAGUGAAUUCAGAAAUGGAAAAUUGGAUUUGCUGCACAUUAGAAAAUGUGACCUGCUGCUUCUUUGGAGUCCAUCGGGGCGCUUUUAUCAAUGAUGAUUUAUCCUCCCGGUUUUGA